AUGGAUUACAAAAACAAGACCAAAGUCACUGAGUUUAUACUUCUGGGGUUUCAGAAUGAGAAAGAAAUAGAAAUUCUUCUUUUUUCUGUAUUCCUGCUCAUGUACAUGACAUCUCUGAUUGGCAACACCAUGAUCAUCCUUUUGGUGUGUGGUGACUACCGUCUGCAUUCACCCAUGUAUUUCUUUGUAGCCAAUCUUUCCUUUAUUGAAGUCGCCAUCACCUCCACGGUGGUGCCCAAGAUGCUAGUGAACACAUUUUCCCUCACCAAGGCAAUAUCCUUUGUGGGAUGUCUCAUACAAUCUAUCUUCUAUUUCCUUCUGGGAUCCACGGAAUUCUUCAUCCUGGCUGUCAUGUCAUUUGAUCGAUACGUUGCCAUCUGCAACCCACUGAGGUAUACCAUCAUCAUGAACAAACAGACAUGCCUAUUGUUGCUUCUGGGAUCCUAUUUAGGUGCAUUUUUGUCAAUGUUGGUGCCAUCCAUCUUUACUGCCCCAAUAAUCUUUUGUGGGCCAAAUAAAAUCCAUCAUUUCUUCUGUGACAGAGCCCCAGUGCUAAAGCUGGCCUGUACAGAUAUCUCUCUGGCUGAGUUGGCUGACUUUAUCUGUUCUGCUGUGCUGCUCUUGGGCUCCUUGCUCCUUACUGGAGUGUCUUACACCUAUAUUGUUAUUACUAUCUUUAGAAUUCCCUCUGUUCAAGGACGUCAGAAGGCUUUCUCUACUUGUGUUUCACAUAUCACAGUGGUUUCACUUUAUUAUGGGAGCUCCAUCUUCCUUUAUGUUCGUCCAAAGAAAGGCAAUGCAAUAAAUAUUAACAAAUUUGCCACAGUGCUGAACACCAUUGUAACACCAAUGUUGAACCCUUUCAUCUACAGCCUUAGAAAUGAGAAAGUCAAAGAAUCCCUGAAAGAUGCCUCCAGUAAAUAUAUAGGUAUGCUAAUAAAUUUAAGAACUCAAAAAUGA